GCCGCCAGCUGCGGCGAGUUCGCCGGCUCCCAAGUGGCGUUACUCAGUGUCGGAGUCGGACCCAGCAUCCGCGAUGAAGAACAUCAAUUCCAAGAAUGUGAAGGCGACCACAACGGUAAAAGACCUUCAAGUCUACUGUCCAGCCAGCGUACAGAUACGGAUGCCUUUUCGGCUCCUCCAAGCGACGGGAGAGUUCUGGAGGUUGCGACGAGGAGCCUCCGUCACACUCGACGAAAGCCAAAGCAAGUGUAGCCGCAAGGAUGCGCUGAUGCGCCGUCUGCUGCUGCUGGUGGCUGGUUCCACCCUGGCGUCGCGGCUGCGGGCGUCUUCCAAGUGCGCCACAAGUUCCCCGCCGGAGUUGAAGGGGGCGCCGGUGCCAACACCAACGCCCUUCGUGCCCACGACGGCCGCCGCCACAGCUGUCGACCUCCCGCUCGGCGGCCUCGACCUCCCCACUAACACAAGGUGUUUGGAUGGAUGCAUGAUGCAUCCCUCUUUCUUGCCACCCUCCUACAUGUCGGUCCACUGUUUUUCAGAGUUCACUCUUUUGAAAAAAGGUAUAAUCAACGUAUUCCUCUACACUUUUUCAUCCAUGCAACUUUUUUAAUGUAUGUACGUGCUAUGCAUAUUAUCAAUAUAAUAAUAAGUAGAACUUAAAUGCAUCUAAUACACAUAAGAAAACUUUCAGCUUUAAGUUGGUCCAUUGUACAGAAACGACACAACUAAUUUUUCAGAGUUCAUCCUUUUGAAAAAAGGUAUAAUCAAAAUAUUCCUCUAUACCUUUUCAUCCAUGCACUUUUUUAGAGAUCCAACACUUAUAAAAAUACCAUAUAAUUUAAAAAUGAGUAUAUUUUAUAGAAUUUAGGGCACCAACAAAACAUUCUGUUCCAACAGUAAAGUCUCAAGUCUAGAUUAUAGGGCAGCCCACUCUAGUGUAAUAUAUUUGAGACACUUGAGAGAGUGUCCUAUAAUUUUUUGACCAAUUUUUAUAAAAUGAGACACUGUUCAAGUAGUUUUUCCUACAUAAAGUCUCAUAUUUCAAUUUGAGUCAUUGUUGGAGAUGGUCUUAGUGUCUGUACGUGCUAUACAUAUUAUCAAUAAUAAUAAUAAUAAUAAUAAUAAUAAUAACAACAACAAUAAUAAUAAUAAUAAUAAUAAUAAUAAUAAUAAUAAUAAUAAUAAUAAUAAUAAUAAUAAUUUGAACCCAAAUGCAUCUAAUACACAUAAAAUAAUAUCAGCUUUAAUUGUACUACACUUAAGAUCGUUGACCUGCAACUUUGGAUGUUGUCUCUGUGUGUAUAUUUAUGUGUAUACGCAUCAUUGUCUUCCUUUGUUCCCACUCUACCUCAAGAUAAAUAUCACAAAUCUAAUUUGGUCCUUCUUAGUUGUGUAGCUUCAGAAACUCAUUACAUUUUUUUCGAACUUAUCGUUAUUUUAUAGUCACUAAGAUCAUUAUUUAUGGCUUUGGUGCAUGUAUAUAUCCACUUCUCUACGUGUAUGUAUUCAUAUAUAAUUUUACUUCUGUAUAUCUACUACAUAGAUCUUUUAACUGUGCAGACAUAUCGAUCAAAUACUCGCGCUCGCGUUGGCGCGAGUUAGUUACUAGUUUCCAAAAUACUACAGAAAAAGACAAG